AUGGCCGAGCGCCCGGAACGCCUCAAAGGAGGCGCGGCGCGCUAUGAGGCAUUUCUAUCCGAGCAGCUCCAGCAGUUGAAGACUGCACUCGUGUCCCACUAUGUCUGCGAAGCGGAUGAGCCCGCGCCUUCGCCAGCCAACGAUGCAAAGACAGGGGUUGGCUGGCCUCCUCCGAAAGAGGACAGCGAGAUGCUCUCGAAGCCUACGGAAGAGCUUCUGAGCAUACUGGACGAAGAUCAGCCCAUCAAGUUCUUGCAGGAUGUGUUUCCGGCCGGUCACAUUGCCGAUCCUGUCGAGCGCUGGGGCGAGUUCUACACGGCGCUGGUCGAGCGCGGGCCGCGGCCCACGCGUGCCGUGGCCCAGGAGCUGACGCUGCUGUCCUCCUGGGCAGCCAAGCUCAAGGUGAGGUCAUCAGCGUCCCGGUCUCGGCAGUUUGCUACCACGAUCGCGGGGCCGCAGACACCUUCCAGCCGCAACUCGCAUUUCCUUGGGGAGCAGCUGAAGGACUCCUGGGGCAUCUCGAAGUGCAUGCUUGAGCCGCAUGGAAAUCUGCGCAUGGCUUGGAACUUUCUUGGCCUCCUCGCAAUCUGCUGGGAUCUGAUCUUCAUCCCGCUACAGAUGUUUGACAUGGGCGCCACGAUGCAGGGCAUCCUCGAUGUCAUGGCCUACGUGAUUUUUGUCUACUGGAUCCUGGAUGUCCCAGCCAGCUUCAUCACAGGGUAUGACAGCGGUGGGAUUCUAGAAAUGAGGGUGAAGGUGGUCGCGCGGAACUAUGCCAAAGGCUGGCUCGUCCCUGAUCUUGGCGUGCUGAGCCUGGACAUCGUGAUUUUCAUCGUGUUUGGCGUGAGCUCUUCCAGCGAGGGCGAUGAAUCUCUGCCCUCUCUCCGCAUCGCACGUGCCCUCCGCCUGAUGCGCUUCGCGAGGUUGCUCCGCCUCCAUAAGAUGUGGCACCUGGUCGACGAUUUGCUUGACCGCGUGAAGACGGACAGCUUCCUCCUGACAAUCAAGAUCGUCAGAAGCCUGGCCGUUGUCCUGGCAAUCAACCACUACGUCUCCUGCGCGUUCUUAUCCUUAGCCCUGCUUUUGGUGGACGAUGGCGCGACAACAUGGCUCAUUCUCGCAGAUUUGGACCAAGUGCCCUUCACGACUCAGUACCUGUCCGCGCUGCACUGGUCGCUGACACAGUUCAUGCCCGCAACCAACAACAUCGCUCCGAACACUGCCCCGGAGCGGGUGUUCGCCAUCUUUGUUGUCCUCAUCGGCCUGGCUGUUUUUUCCUCUUUCAUCAGCGGCGUUACGAACACGGUGAACCAGCUUCGGCAGAUGCAUGUGGAUCACUUCAAGACGGAGACCCGGGUGAAGUCGUUCCUGACCCAAAAGUCCAUCUCUGUGGACGUCUGGUGCCGGGUGCAGCGCUUCGUGAGGCUGCAAGUCGUCCUCGCCAAGAAGUCGCUCAAAGAAGCAGACAUCCCACUUCUCAAGGACUUGCCUCUCAGCUUGCGCGUGAAGCUUCAUCACGAGAUCUACAUGCCUGUGCUCCUGACUGCCGGCUGGCUCACUGAGGAGAUGGUGGAGUUGGACGAGCAGCUGGUUCUGAAGUUAUGUGACAAGGUCUUUUCUGAGAAAGUCGCCACUGCCCUCCACGAGAUCUUCCUGGAAGGGGCCGAGUGUUCUGAAGUGGUGAUAGCCGGAGGGCCACUCCGCUACGACAGCUCCAAGCUCCAUGGGAAGCAGGAUGUACCGCAGGAGACGUGGCUUUGCGAGCUCUGUCUUUGGGCUCAUUGGGAGUACCGGGGCAACCUCCAGGCCGAUGGCGUUGUACAUUACAUGGUCAUCAAUGGAGAAGGAUUCGCCUCCACGAUGGCGCACGCUGGAGGUGCGCUCUACCAUCGGAUGAGGACUAUAGGCCUCCUUUAUGUCGCGACGGCGGAAGCCCACGACGAGCACCCGGAGUCCGAGGGGCCUCUGACAGACCUGGCACUGCCCAAGCAGCAAGCCCAGGAGCUGUCGAUCCGCGCCCGUCAGUUCAGUGAUCUGCAGCCGGCGCGCAAGCGCCUAGGAAGCAUCUUUGGUCCAUCAGUGGCGAGCCGCAGCGGACCCAGCCCACCGCAACAGCGAACGUGA